AUGGGGGUACGUCGCUCCAGCAAGGGCAAGGGGGGCAAGGGCGCGGGUGGAGCUGGAGGGGGCGGUGGCGGCGGUGGCGGCGGAGGGAGUGGGGGUGGCGGCGGGACUAGUGGCGGGGGUGGUGGUGGUGGUGGCAGCUGCGGCGGAGACGGUGGUGGUGGUGGCAGCGGUGGUGGUGGAGGCAGCGGCGGGGGUGGAGGCGGCGGAGGUGGAGGCGGUGGAGGCGGCAGCGGAGGAGGCGGUGGUGGUGGAGGAGGUGGAGCUGGUCGCGGUGGUACCCAGCAGCGUAGCGGCGGUGGUGGUGGCCAGCGCUCGCAGCGGCAGCAGCAGCAGCGCUCGCGGGACAUCCCUCCGCCUCAGCAGCUUCGUGAGUGGUACGCUGGGCGUCAGAGGGGUGGGGGUACUGGUCCCUGCACCUACGUUCUUCGUUCCGGCGACCGCGCGGGUGAGCAGUGUGGGGGUGCCCACUCCACCCAGCGCUGCUUUGGCCGCCUGACGGACGCUUGGCCUCAACAGUUCCCUGGGGCUAGUGAGAUCCCUCGCUGGGAUGAGCUCCUUAGGGCUGGUGUAGCGAUCUUUGACCUUGAUUUUGAUGCUAUCCUUGCUGCUAUGUAUGCUGUGACUUAUAGUGAGGAGAAUGAGGGUUACCGGUGUUUCCAGCCCGACCCGGGCAUUGGUACUGCUGCGCUAGGUGCUUGUGAGGCUGCUGCUCUAGGUGCCAGUGCAUCUGCGCUCUCAGGUCCUGGUGAGACUGUGCUCUCAGGUGCUGGUGAGACUGCGCUCUCAGGUACUGGUGAGACUGCGCUCUCAGGUACUGCGUCGCCCUCGUCCUCCCUCACUUUCACGCUUGACUCUGGGGCUUCUCGCUCCUUCUUUCGAGACCGCACUACCCUCACGCCGCUUGGCCGGCCGGUUGCGGUCUCCCUUGCUGACCCCUCUGGGGGUCCUGUCCUGUCUCACUUCUCCACUGUCCUCCCGUGUCCGGCUGCCCCUUCGGGCACCCUGUCUGGUCUGUACCUUCCCUCGUUCUCUACGAACUUGGUGAGUGGUGCAGCCCUGCAGGAUGCGGGGGUUCACCAGUUCACUCCUGCGAGUCAGCGGGUGACCCACUGCACGGACGCACGCACAGGCCGACACCUGGCCACCUUUUCGCGUCGGUCGGGGUCGAGUCUCUACACCCUGACCACUUCGUGUCCUCCUGUCCCUGCGUCCGGUCGGGUAGCUGCGUCAGGUCAGGUGUUUGCUGCUGCGUCCCGGUCAGGUCCUGAGUCUGCCCCCUGUUCCUGUCGCCUCCUGUCUCACGAGACUCUCCUGUGGCACCACCGUCUUGGCCACCCCUCCUUGGCCCGUCUUCGGAGCAUGGCUUCCCGUGUCCUAGUCUCUGGUCUUCCCCGGUCUCUCCCUCCUCCCCCCCCCGUGCCAGGGCCUUCCUGUGUCCCCUGUGUCGAGGGUCGCCUCCGGGCUACUCCUCACUCCUCCCACUUCCCCCCGACAGAGGCUCCCCUGCAGACGCUUCACAUGGAUGUGUGGGGCCCAGCCCCCGUCCGUGGGCAGGGUUACGAGCGCUACUUCCUGUUGGUGGUUGACGACUACUCGCGUUACACCACAGUCCUCCCCUUGCGCAGCAAGGGUGCUGUCACUGAGGUGCUGAUCGACUGGAUCCGCAAGGCUCGUCUCCAGCUCAGGAAGAGCUUCGGCUCUGACUUUCCUGUUCUGCGUCUGCACUCGGACAGAGGCGGAGAGUUCUCCUCUCGCCUUCUGCAAGACUACUGUCGUGCACGGGGGAUCCGCCAGACCUUCACGCUUCCGGACUCACCACAGCAAAAUGGGAUUGCUGAGCGCCGCAUUGGCAUGGUCAUGGAUGUUGCUCGUACGUCCAUGAUGCAUGCGGCUGCCCCCCAUUUUCUGUGGCCGUUUGCGGUGAGGUACGCGGCGCAUCAGCUCAACCUUCACCCGCGGGUCUCUCGGCCUGCGAUGUCCCCAGCCUUGCUGUGGACGGGGAAGGUUGGCGAUGCGUCUGCGUUUCGCGUCUGGGGAUCUCGGGCGUUUGUCCGCGACUUGUCUGCGGACAAGCUGUCCCCUCGUGCUGCUCCCUGUGUCUUCCUUGGCUUCCCCACUGACGCCCCAGGGUGGCAGUUUUACCACCCCUCCUCUCGUCGUGUUCUGUCCUCCCAGGACGUCACGUUCGACGAGUCAGUCCCCUUCUACCGUCUCUUCCCCUACCGCACUCCUUCCCUCCCCCCUCCCCCGGACUUCCUUGUGCCGGUUCCCCCCCCGGUAGACCCCCUUCCCCCUCAGGUUCUUGCUCCCUCAGGUGUGUCCCAGGUAGACGCCGUUGACCCGGUCGAGGUUACUGGCGACUCUGGUGCUGCUGCGGGUGCGGAGCCAGGGGGUGCUGACUCUGGGGGUGCUGUGCGCGGGGGUGCCGAGCCUGGAGGUGCUGCAACUGGGGGUGCUGAGCCUGGGGGUGCUGGGCCUGAGGGUGCUGGGCCUGGGGGUGCUGGGCCUGGGGGUGCUACUGCGGAGGGUGCUGAGCCUGGGGGUACUGAGCCGGGGGAUACUGUGCCUGGAGCUGCUGAGCUAGGGGGUGCUGGGUGCUGA